GUUAACAGCCCAAUUAGUAAUCAAAGAAUGGGGGGAAAUUUAAUCGAGGCAUUAGGGUUUAAGGUUUCUUCUUCUUCUUCUCUCCCCUUUUUUUGUUUUACAGGAGGAGUUACCCCGAAAUCAAGCUUAUGCCGAGUAGCCGAUAACAAAGAGAAAAUGAGAGGAUUGAAGUUACCGUUGAGCCAAACCCAAAGAGUAAGACUUCAAAGGGCAUUCGAAAAGCUUCAGUCUCUAUCUGCUAAGGCCAAUUCCGACGCUUCCGUUACCGUCGCCGAUACUAUUCCUGUCAACUACGAAGACGCUUUUCUCAAGGGAUAUGGAACAACGGACCUCAACGGCGAAUUGGUGGCAACUGUGUGCGGCGUUGUGGAGCGCGUCAACAAACUGGUUUACGUACGCGCCUUACGCGCUAGGUACAAGCCAGAGGUUGGGGAUGUCGUAGUGGGACGUGUAGUCGAGGUUGCUCAAAAGCGGUGGAGAUUGGAAAUUAAUUUCAGCCAAGAUGCGGUUUUAAUGCUUUCUUCAAUGAACAUGCCUGAUGGUAUUCAGAGACGGCGAACUGCUUUGGAUGAACUCAACAUGCGAAGUAUAUUUGAAGAGAAUGAUAUUGUCUGUGCCGAGGUUCGUAAUUUCCAGCAUGAUGGCAGCUUACAACUCCAAGCAAGAAGCCAAAAGUAUGGAAAGCUUGAGAAAGGCCAGUUGCUCAUAAUUGAUCCUUACCUGGUGAGGAAAAGCAAACAGCAUUUCCAUCACCUUGAACAGUUUGGAAUUGACUUGAUACUUGGACGUAACGGAUAUAUAUGGAUUGGCGAACAUGUUGAAGCUAGAGACAGUGUGGUAAUCGAUCAAGCUAAAAGUAUUGAACAAUCUACAGUUGUUGAAGGAAUAAACCGAGCUUAUACCCCGCUAGAGAUGAGGCAAAACAUAUGCAGAAUUGCAAAUGCUAUCCGAGUAUUGACGAUUUUAGGUUUCAAUAUAGAUUUAAAUUUGAUCAUGGAGACAGUUGAGUUGAGUAGCUCACUUAAGAUUGACAUACAUGACAUGCUUGGUUCAGAGUUUCAUGUUCUGGUUGCAGAAAUGGAGGCUGAACGAAGAAGCUUGACUACAAAGCGGAAAAGAUGAUCUGACAUUCAUCUAUAAAUCGUGUGUGAGUUCUCUUCCAAGAAAAGAUUGCUAAUUUGUUGCAAUGGAAUGGAGAAUGUUGUACCUUAAUGCAAAAUUCUUCCUGUUAAGAAAUCAUUAUUAUUUUUAAUACAAUGUUAUUGGGUUUUCAUCA